ACCCAGAACUGCUUACAUGAAUUUCCAAGCGCUAGACCUGCCUCCGAGAUCAGCCCAAUAAGAGCUGUCAGGGGAGGCUCCCAGCUCACUUUUCCACAUCACUUCACAGUUACAUUUGGCAGGCAGGCACGUUGGAGCGCUCAGACCCGGAAUUAGUGGAUUUAUUUGGAAUAUCCCUGCUUUCCUGGAGACGUGCUGCUGCCGCUGGCUUGCGCAAAGGGAGAAAUUAAUAACUGCACUUUAGCAUGCAGGCACAGAAACCCGAGAAGCUAAGUAACCAUCAUUUCCUCCAGCAUCGGCAGCCUCAAAAAGCAUGAAAAGAAAAUCUGAAGGAUCCUGCCUGUUCACAGGGACUGGGUAAUUUUUUACCUUACCCUUUCAAACCGUGUGUGAAGUGGCUGUCAUCAAGCGGUUUCCUUGGUCCUUGAAAGAGAAUCUUUAAUGACUGGAAAACUCAAAGGAUCAUAUUUUUAUAAUCUAAGCUAUUUUUACGUUGACUGUGCUGUAAACACAUGGAGGAGCUCUUGGGGUACAAUGCCAGAAAGACUAACGGAAAUGCUUAUGGAUACAUGGACUCCAUUAAUAAUAUUAUGGAUUACUGUCCUUCCUUCCAUUUAUAUGGCUCCAAUGAAUCAAUCUCAAGAACUACCAAGUGGAUCCAGUUCAGGACUAAAAAGGCUAACUGAAGAACAAAGAGUUUUGAGCCGUUUCAAGAGAGGCUGGGUUUGGAAUCAAAUGUUUGUAUUAGAAGAAUUUUCUGGACCUGAACCAAUACUCGUUGGCCGGUUACAUACAGACCUUGAUCCUGGCAGUAGCAAAAUCAAGUACAUUCUGUCAGGAGAUGGAGCUGGAACAAUCUUUGUGAUCAAUGACAAGACUGGAGACAUUCAUGCAAUGAAAAGGCUUGACCGUGAAGAAAAAGCUGAAUACACUCUUACAGCUCAAGCAGUUGACAGGGACACAAAUAAACCUCUGGAGCCUCCUUCAGAAUUCAUUAUUAAGGUUCAAGACAUCAAUGACAAUGCCCCAGAAUUUGUUGAUGGUCCAUAUCAUGCUACGGUUCCAGAAAUGUCUGUUGUAGGCACCUUUGUUACUAAAGUAACAGCUACAGAUGCAGAUGAUCCAGUUUAUGGAAAUAGUGCCAAGCUGGUUUAUAGCAUUCUGGAAGGACAGCCUUACUUUUCUAUUGAGCCACAUACAGCUAUAAUUAAAACAGCUCUUCCCAACAUGGAUAGAGAAGCCAAAGAAGAAUACUUUGUGGUCAUCCAAGCAAAGGACAUGGGAGGACAUAUGGGUGGACUCUCUGGAACUACAACAGUGACAAUUACACUCACUGAUGUUAAUGACAAUCCUCCUAAGUUUGCACAGAGUCUGUAUCACUUCUCAGUAAUGGAAGAUGUUGCUCUUGGUGAACCAAUAGGAAGGGUGAAAGCAAAUGACCUGGAUAUUGGAGAAAAUGCUAAAUCAUCCUAUGAUAUUACUGAAGGAGAUGGAAUGGAUAUAUUUGAAAUUACUACAGAUGCCCAAACUCAGGACGGCAUUAUUAGAGUGAGAAAGCCACUGGACUUUGAGACCAAAAAAUCCUAUACACUGAAGGUAGAAGCAGCCAACAUUUAUAUUGAUCCUCGCUUCAUCAGUGGAGGACCAUUCAAGGAUACAGCAACAGUAAAAAUUGUAGUAGAGGAUGCUGAUGAGCCACCAGUCUUUUCAUCACCUACUUACCUGCUGGAAGUGCAUGAAAAUGCUGCUAUUAACUCUGUGAUUGGCCAGGUGACUGCCCACGACCCUGAUGUGUCUUCCAGUCCCAUAAGGUUUUCCAUUGAUCGGCACACUGACCUUGAGAGACAGUUCAACAUUAAUGCAGAAGAUGGGAAAAUAACUUUGGCAACACCACUGGACAGAGAAACAAAUAUGUGGCACAACAUAACUAUUGUAGCUACUGAAACUAGAGGAGAAACACAAAAGCAUGAGCCAGUGGGGACUAUGACUCUUUUAUGGAACCACAGUCAAGUGUCCCGGGUGCCUGUAGCUAUAAAAGUUCUUGAUGUAAAUGACAACGCUCCUGAGUUUGCAUCAGAGCAUGAAGCCUUUUUAUGUGAGAAUGGGCAGCCUGGACAAGUAAUUCAGAUUGUCAGUGCCAUUGACAAAGAUGAUCCUAAAAAUGGGCAUUAUUUCCUGUACAGUCUUCUACCUGAAAUGGUCAACAAUCCAAAUUUCACCAUCAAGAAAAAUGAAGAUAAUACUCUCAGCAUAUUGGCGAAGCAUAGUGGAUUCAGCCGGCAGAAGCAAGAAGUAUAUCUACUGCCAAUCAUAAUCAGUGAUAGUGGGAAUCCUCCCAUGAGCAGUACUAGCACUCUGACUAUUCGCGUCUGUGGGUGCAGCAGUGAUGGUACUGUCCAGUCCUGCAAUGUUGAAGCAUACGUUCUUCCCAUUGGACUCAGUAUGGGAGCCCUAAUUGCAAUAUUAGCAUGCAUCAUUUUGCUGCUAGUCAUUGUAGUGCUGUUUGUGACACUAAGAAGACAUAAGAAUGAGCCUCUAAUCAUCAAAGAUGAUGAAGAUGUGAGAGAAAAUAUUAUACGCUAUGAUGAUGAAGGAGGUGGAGAAGAAGAUACAGAAGCUUUUGACAUUGCAACUUUGCAAAAUCCAGAUGGAAUUAAUGGAUUUUUGCCUCGUAAGGAUAUUAAGCCUGAUCUUCAAUUUAUGCCCAGGCAGGGUCUUGCACCUGUUCCAAAUGGUGUUGAUGUUGAUGAAUUUAUUAAUGUAAGGCUUCAUGAAGCUGAUAAUGAUCCCACAGCUCCACCAUAUGACUCUAUCCAGAUUUAUGGCUAUGAAGGAAGAGGGUCAGCGGCUGGUUCCCUUAGCUCAUUGGAGUCCUCUACAUCAGACUCAGAUCAGAAUUUUGACUACCUCAGUGAAUGGGGUCCUCGCUUUAAAAGACUUGGAGAACUUUACUCCGUAGGAGAAAGUGACAAAGAAACUUGACAGUGGAUUACAAACUUUUUCACUGUUAACAGUCAUGUAAUAUUCUAGGGCCACUGCUGUUAGUUAAAACUAAUGUGGCUUUUUGUUUUAGAGGCAAGUUUAGCGCCAGUCAUCUAUAAAAAAACUACAUUGUAAUGUUGAACCAAAAAAAAGUAUAUGUUAGGAGGUUAAGUCUUGUGGAGUGUGAAGUAAAGUAUGUGGAGUGUCUAGAAGUCUUUGGAUAUUUGAUAUUCACUUGACCACUCUGAAGAUGGAGACUUGGAUCUUUUAUUAUCUUCAAUGAAUUGAAAAGAACAGAAAGAACUUGGUGCUUUCUUAGAAAAUGGACUUGCAGGGAUUUUACUGUUGAGCAGUCGGCCCUGCCAGUAUGUGUAAAGCUAAUAGUUUGUUUCUGCAUUGCCAACAAAGAUCCCACCACAGAAAUGUUAAAGCAAUAUCUUGGUCUUCUUAGCAAUGCUGAAUAGAAAUAGCAUUGUAAAUUCCUACUGGCUUCUACUGUGUAGUGACCAUACAUUGUACAUAUAGUAAUUGUUGGCCACGUAAUCACAGACUGAAUAUCAUCUUUAAAAAUUGUGUCAAGCCUUAAAAUAUUCACAUGUUCUUAUUCCAUUCCAGUGAUGGGUAAUAAAUCCUAUUAAUGUGCAGAGAUUCAGAGGCAGGGCUAUAAAAACUUGCUUUAUAAAAGAAUCUUUUUCUAGAAGAAGGAUCAAUUCUGUGCAUCAUCUUCUGAAGGGAAAGAAAAAACUGUGAAAUGGGUUGGACUUAAAUAUAUGAAAGAAUUGCUGAUUUUAUUGCUAAAGAUCGAAUUUAUUUGUUUAAUCUUUGAAACAAAUAUCUUGUUGAUGUCCAUUACUGCUUUUAUUUAUUAAGACUGAUAAUCUAUGGCGUAAGAUUAUGAAGAAAACUAAAAGAUAUCUGUUAGAUUUUUUUUUCUAUAUAUAAUGAAUGUUUAAUACAUGUACAUUUUGAAAAGAAAAAUGACAAAUUGUUGCAGGUUAAGGCAGUAACCUAUCCAUUUGCAGUAGCUGAAUUUUAAGAGAAUGCUGGCAGGAAUAAAACUUCCCAGAUAAAGCUUUUGACAGUUUUAUAUCUUCCUCAUAAAUCUCUAGUACCUGGUGUUUUUAAUACAAGCACAAACAGCUGGAAGUAAACUGGUUCAUGUGAAUAUUUAAACUAUAGACUUUUAGAAAUCCACACAUAACACAGUACAGUAAAAAACAUGCUUAUAGUUCUCCACUGUAUUAGAGCAGGAACCAGUGUGUACAUAAUUUUACUGCUUACGUUAUUAGCAUUCCUUUUCUAUAAUAUUCAUAGUGAUGCACCAGGGCUCUUACACACAGAGAAAGAACAACUCUAGAAGCUGCAAGCAUACUCGAUUUGUAAUGCAAACUUGCCAUUUAGAAGUAGCAAUUGUAUAAUAAAAGUAUGUAUUACAUGCAAAUCAUUUUAAUUUUCUACUUUGUUUUGAAGCUAUAUUAUUGUUUGUUUAUUUACUCCAUGUAUUGUAUCCAGAGAAACUCCUGUAUUGUUUCCUACUUUGUGAAAUAUAUUUUUAUAAAUA